ACUCACGGCAAAGCACAUUAUCAGGACCGGUCCUCCAGGGACUUUAGGGACUGUUCACCUCCUUAGGACAAAAAUAUAACAAAAUAAAAGAGAAACGUAGAAGCGGGCGGAGGAUAACGGAGGCCACCAGGGCGCGUGGAUUUUAUUUCGCCCAGCUGAUCCGAACCGGUCCAGAUGAGCAACAGCAAAUGAUGAUGUCCACUCCCCAGAAGAAAGAGGAGUGACCACUCAUCCUCCUCUUGUCACUUCAUCUAAAGGCCAGCGAGGCUGAAGAGAGGCGUCCCUUCAGUCGCCUCACCUCAUCACCAUUUCUUCCCUUAGUUGGUCUCCAAAGUGUUUCAAAACUGUUUCUCCAACGCUUUUUCCAAAAACUCAGACUGUUUUCUAAAGCAGAAGCAGCACAGCCCUCCCAGACUGAGGUGAUGGGAAGUGUGCGAGCCAGCCGCUAUAGCACCGUGUCAUCAGAGGAGGACAGCAUGAAGCUUGCCACUGCGGCUGUACCCAACGGCAAGGGCAAAGUGCGCACGAGGCACCAGCCGCAGAGUAGAUUCGUGAAGAAAGAUGGCCACUGCAACGUGCAGUUCAUCAAUGUGAGUGAAAAAGGGCAACGCUACUUGGCUGACAUCUUCACAACAUGUGUGGACAUCCGCUGGAGGUGGAUGUUCAUCAUCUUCUGCCUGGCCUUCCUUCUCUCGUGGCUGUUCUUCGGCUGCGUCUUCUGGCUGGUGGCCAUUUUUCAUGGAGAUUUGGAAGGCAACACAGAGAAGUGCGUCUCCAAUGUCAGCAGCUUCACUGCCGCCUUCCUGUUCUCCAUUGAGACACAAACGACUAUUGGUUACGGCAACAGAUACGUGACAGAUGAGUGUCCUGUGGCUGUCUUUGCGGUUGUUUUACAAAGCAUUGUGGGAUGCAUCAUCGAUGCCUUUAUCAUUGGUGCAGUGAUGGCCAAAAUGGCAAAGCCAAAGAAAAGAAACGAGACCCUGGUGUUUAGCCACAAUGCCACAGUGGCUAUGAGGGACAACAAGCUGUGCCUGAUGUGGCGAGUGGGAAACUUACGGAAAAGCCAUCUGGUUGAGGCGCACGUUCGAGCACAACUCCUCAAAUCUAGACGGACAGCAGAGGGGGAGUACAUCCCCCUUGACCAAACGGACAUAGAUGUGGGCUUUGACAGUGGAGUGGACCGCAUCUUCCUGGUCACUCCAAUCACCAUUGUCCACGAGAUUAAUGAGCAGAGCCCGUUCUAUGACAUGAACAAACAGGACCUGGAGAAUGCAGACUUGGAAAUAGUGGUAAUCCUGGAGGGGAUGGUUGAAGCUACAGCGAUGACCACACAGUGCCGCAGCUCCUACAUCGCAAGCGAGAUCCUCUGGGGUCACCGCUUUGAGCCGGUGCUCUUUGAAGAGGAGAAGUUCUAUAAAGUGGACUACUCCCGCUUCCACAAGAUGAUCGAGGUACCGAGCACACCCCUGUGCAGUGCCAGAGAUCUUGCAGAGAAAAAAUACCCUCUCUCUAACUCCAGCUCCUUCUGCUAUGAAAACGAGGUGGUGCAAGAGAAAAAAGAGGACACAGAUGAGGGUAACGGGGGCAGCGUUGGUCCCGACGGCACCCAGACAGACAACAUCUCAGAGACUGAACACAACCAAGCCACAGUGCCACUAGAGUCCCGGCCUCUGAGACGAGAAUCAGAAAUAUGACAGCUCAGACCUCAAAGGAUUUCCAGAAAAAUCACCUCUGCUCUGAAAGGCACAAGGAGCCGAGCUGGGCCUUGAGGAGAAGCCAAACGGUACUGCUGUGAGAAGCCAGAAAGGUUUAUGACAUUGUAUGUAAAAGUCUGUCUUAACGUUAGCUGCACACAGUAUGACAAACCACAGCUCAGUGCAGAAUGAAUCCUCCAUGAACUCCCCACGAGCGUGCUCUUGGUGUCUGCAAAGAGGAAAGAGGUUGUUGCAACCACUUCUAAACUGAAGAAACAGACUCGUGGCUCUGUCCAGCAUGAACAAAAUGCUUCCAGAGUUUUCUGUAGAGUUUUAGUGCUGCUAGAGAACAGAUAAGUUAAACACUUUAACUGCUUUCAUUCUGAUGAUUUUAUAUUGAACCAAAAAGAAAGUCUGGAACAAAGAAGGUACAAAAUAGAGUAUCUGUUCCUGAGCUGGUCUCAGAGCAAGUAGACAUCACUGAUUACAGUUUUUGUAUGCAAUAAAGCAAAGACACCCUUGCAGAAUGUUCCUUUGACAUAACCGCACUGAUUCUCUGAGCUUUACACAAACUGGUCUAGACGACUGCUCAAGGCUGCUCAGACGGACUGAAAGGUGCUGAGCAGGGCAGUAUUACCAUCGCACUAUAAUAUGUGUAAUGUGGGGAUCUGAAUGUCCUAAAAGUGCUGCUAUGAAACUGCUUCUGUUGUUUUUUCUUCUUUGUAGCUGAUGACAUGCCAAAGAGUAUUAUUAUCAUAGUUAUAUGUUCUUACAAACAUCUAAUCAGAUUUGGUACAGACAAGUAGCUCUUGUGGGGAGUUUUAAUACAGUUUGUUUUACCAAGAAUGUGUGUACAGCUUUAUUUUUUUACAAUGACCAUCCUCAACUUGAGCCACUUCAUCAAGCCUUAAUCUGAGCAGUCUAACACAGAGAAAUGGAAAAGGACUUUUGCAGAAUUAGCUGAGCUAAAACAAUUUUUGUUUUUUUUUAAGUCAUCCGUUUCAAUCGGCUCAGUUUUUGACAAAAGAUAAACCUGCUUCAAAGGUUUUAAGAGGUGUGAUGUGACGGAAAUCUGCUGCACUGAUGAGGAUUGUCUCAUAAAAUCAGUGUCAACGUUUCAUUUAGCAAACUGCAGAUCAGCCGACUUUGAUAUCAAUGUGAGAUCUGAUAGAGCUCAAACCAAAUGUACUGUAACUUCAGUGCAUGGAGGUGUACUGUACAAAGUAGAAAAACAUUUGUAACCUGACUUUUGUUAAAACCAGACAGAAAGCCACUCGGCUGCAUAAAUCUACAUGUGUAAAUACUUUCCUCCCUGUUGUUUCGUUAGUAGUCUUCCAAAUGUACUGCAAAACCACAGAAUGUACAGAUUUUGUAUAAAUAUUAUUAUUAUUAUUAUUAUUAUAUGGUAUUAUUUUUGCUCUUUUUCAAUAAAAUGUCAGUGGACAAACAGAA